AUGGAGGCAGCAGCGCAAUUGAGGCACAUACUGAUGAAGAUCCUGCCGGCGCCCGAGAUGGUGGCACAAAGGAAGGCAUUCCGCAUCUCAAAUCACUUGGAGAUGAUUCGGGACAGCCUUUGGGUCAUCAAUUCCUUCGUCAUGGAUGGUUCUCUUCGUGCGCUCGAGCAGCCCGAUGUGGCCGAGUGGAUGAAGGAAGUGGGUGCGGCCGUUGAGGAUGUCCACAACCUACUCGAAAGGAUCCUAGACUACUGGAAGCCUAGCAAUGAAGAUGCAGCAGAAAGGAAGAGGAAGAUGAUCAACAAUUUUUUUCAAUCGACGAGCAGCCGCCGAUCCAUCCUACUAGAGCUCCAAGAGAUAGUAUGCACGUUGAAUUACCUAGCCAAUAGGGGAGCUACUUUUGGCCUCUGGGCGGAGAUGAUGGAUUCCAUGGAUCCGAGCCAUGAUGACUACGCUGCUAUUAUGAGCGAGGAGGUGAUGGGAAGUCACGAAGAAACUGUCAUAAAGCUCCUUCAAGAACAACACCAUUGGAGUCAACGUGACAUGAUUGCCAUAAGAGGUGAUGAAUACUUUGGGAAGACAACCUUGGCUCGAAAAGUCUACCAUCACCCUUGGGUACGCCAGCAUUUCCAACGUCGAAUAUGGUUGGAUGCUUCGUCUUUUAACGAUUUUAACAGCAAUAUGAUCUCCAAAGAAAUCGCAAGAUUAUUGACCAGGAGGCCAUAUAUGGACCUCAAUUGCUGGAAAAUUGUGGACGAACAUCUUUAUAGAGUUAGAUACUUGUUCAUCAUGGAUAACCUUUAUUCAUAUGGUGCUUCUGGACACAAAUUGGACGAACUUGUGCGGAAACUCUUUCAUUGGGCAGCACCGGGGAGCAAAUUCAUUUUCACUGUGUAUCCUCCUUACGAAUAUGAAACGCAUUUCUUCUGCGACACAUACGACGACUUAAGUCCGCUGCCCGACGGUGCAUGGGUAAGAUUAUUAUUAAAGUAUGCAACAUUUGUCCAUCCAAUUGAAGGUAAUAACAACCAGAAAGUGAAGGUUUCUCCUGCUGCUACUAAUAUGCUAAUUCAAUUUGCUAAGAAGUACAGUAGCCAAAAUUAUGUUCAAAAUUUUCUUAUACCAAAAGGUAUGGGCCUCAUGUUUCGGCAGAGAGAUGUGAGUCAGUGGCAAGAAUUAGCUAAUGAGUUGCUCAUCCGGCAUUACCCUUCAACAUCCCGACAUUUUAGUUUGAUGCAUUUACAUUAUUGGUCAUUUGGGAGGAUACGACGUUUUCUUUAUGAGCUAUUGUUUGGAGGAUCUUCAGUUCCAGGUUAUGAUGAAGAUGUGUUCCAUAUACUGGUUGCUGAAGGCACUCUAACAUAUUAUUGGCACAAGAGGAACAUUGACUUCACGCCAUUGGAGUACGGUGUAGAUCUAUGCUUCUUUAGAAUGGAGGUUAGUGGAGCUUCGAGGAUACCACGGCAAUGCCGCCAUUUGUAUUUACCUAUCAAUUCUAAAAAUAUUUCUAAAUUCAAAAAAGCCAUUGAAGUGGCUAGAGUGGCCAGGAAGCUGAGAACAUUGGUUUUACAUAGGGAAGAGAUAAAUGAACAUAUUUGUCAGAUUGAGACGAAGAUACUUGAAAGUAUGUUUUCAAGUCUCACGAGUUUAUGUACGUUAGAUAUGAGAGCAAUCAUGAUUCAAGGCCUUCCUAGAGCAGUUGUUACAUUGCGUUGUUUAAGAUACCUCAACCUUGCGGAGAACAAGAUAGAAACACUACCUGAAUCCAUCUGCAAUCUCUAUAACUUGUGUGUUCUAAAUUUGUCUAAUUGCGAAAAGCUCAAGGAGCUUCCAAGAAGAAUCCACGAGCUUAGGAAAUUGCAGAUUUUGAAACUGUGUUACUGCCUAAGGAUUCAGAAGUUGCCGGAGUCGAUAAUUUGCCUUGUAAAUUUGAAUGAACUAGAUAUUAGAGGUUGUUGUAGGCUUUCUGAGUUGCCUGAUGAUUUGAGCGGCAUGAAGAACUUGAUGCAGCUUAACAUGGCAGGAUGUGCAGCAUUGACUAGAAUGCCUAGUGGAAUUAGGCGAUGGAUAAACUUGCAGUCUCUGAGGGGAAUUGAUGCCGUGGAUGGUCAUGGAAAUGUCACGUUGUCAGAGUUGCAUGAUCUUAGAAAUCUUGAAUCCCUGCAUAUACAACACCUUGAAAGAUUAGAAUUAGAUGAAUUAAAGAGUGCUACUCUACCUACUUAUUUACUGAAGGAUCAAGAUCUAUAUGAGUUGGUGCUGCAUUGGGAACGGUGGAAUGAUAUGGCUACUAAGGGAACUUCCAAUCCCAUGGUGCAGCUGUUGGAAGGAUUCUUACGUAGCCUACGAGAGUUGAAGGUCUUGCGAAUCAUCUCAUACAUGAGCAAGAGACUCCCAACUUGGCUGAUGCUCGAGCCCAGGUUGAUUGUUCUCAAAAAGUUGAAAAGAGUCGAACUUGUUAAUCUUAGGAGGUGUGCGACGCUACCACCACUUGGAGUAUUACCUCAGCUUGAGGAAGUUACAAUAAGUGGUUUUGAUUCAGUUAGAGUAAUAGAUGAUGAAUUCUAUGGGGAGGAUAGAAAACCAUUUGUAUUUCCUGAGUUGAGGAAACUCACAUUCUCUGAAAUGCCAAGGCUAGAGAUGUGGCUAGGCAUGAAGAGCAUGAAUAGACUAGAGAAGGACCUAGGCUUGAAGAGCAUGCCUAGGCUAGAGAAGUGGCUAGGCAUGAAGAGCAUAAGACGUCAUGGUCUUUUUGCCAAACUUGAGGAAUUGACCCUAAUUCAGUGCCCAAAGCUCAUGGUAUUCCUUGCGCAAUUUCCAACAUCUUCUCAAUUGAAGUUGAAAUUGUGGUUGAGCAACGAGAUGCUAAUGCCUACUUCCAAAUUCAAUUCUUGGUCGAACCUUGGGGGAAUCAAUAUGGUGCAGAUAUUUGGAUGCCAAGAACUGAGAAGUCUACCAAAUGAUACAAGGGAGAUACACAACCUAAAGACAUUGACAAUAAUGAAUUGCAACAAAUUGGAGGCUUUGCCAAUUUGGCUCGAACAGUCAUGUUUGGAGUCCCUGUGCAUGUAUGGUUGUCGGGCGCUAUCAUUCAUUCCAGAGGAAUUGAAAGUCAAGGGUCGACUGAAAAAUCUGAUUGUUGAAGCAUGCCCCAAACUGCAGAGCCAGAAGUACCUAUCACAUAAAUGGAAUCCUUUUUCAUAAGGGACAAUAGUCAUGUUGUGACUUCUCCAACUUGUAUGAAUAGAAGGCCAACUCAGCACAUAAACUUUGAUGUUAUCUAUGCUACAUCUUCUAACUUGGAUGCUUAUUUGCACUAGUUAUGCAUCCCAUGGUUUCUUUUAAAGAAAAUUAAAAGAACAAGUUUGAUAAGAGCAUCAGAUUUCUGCACCUACGUUCCAAGUGUUAUAUGAUUUCUUGAGUUGCAUUGAUCAUGGCAAUUA